ACAUCGCCGUGAAUGACCGCCUAACUACUCGGCAAGGAUCUUCUCUCUUCAGACAAUUCCUUCGAGAUAGAAAUUGAAUAGGUUGGGUUUGAUGAAGCGUGCAAAAGGUCCCGAUGCUGUGAAUCAGAAUAACACUGUAUGAGCAUGGUGAGUGGGUGGGGAUGCUGGUAGCGCACUUGUUGAUGCGUUACAUACCGUUAUUACGUGAUCAAGCAAUCGACGGCCGACCAGAAAGUGCUCGGCGUGUAUGCAACACCACCCGUCCGUUUAAGAUCAUCAAAUAAUAUUAAAAAAUUCGUCUCCUUCGGAUCAAACAACAUUAAACCCCUCUGCUGACAAUCCACGACCAGUCGUCACUGGAUGGUAUCUUGCUUUUCAAGUGUCUUUGAUCAUAUUUCAUAAGGAAAGGAAGCCACAGCAAGCCAACUCAAAUGGUGGAGUCUUCAAACUUGUAAACACCGCUUUAGUUCCUUAACGGGAGGAAGAUUAUACAGGAGUGUCGCUGCUUCCACGGGUUUCGUCCCGUUAGCUAUACCUUCUUGGCCACCAUCAUCACACCGGGAUGGCAUCAUCACCACAAUGCUCGAUAUUUAGCAGGACUAUCCUGUUCCUCACUUUGUUUGGUACUUUAAUUCAGGAUUGUUAUGGAUUUCCUAACGGAGCAGGAACCUCUGCCUGUUUUACCCUGAUACCUGGCCACCCGGGAUCACCCCUGACAGGUACCCCUCCAUUCAUCCUGACUCCCCUCUCAUCAUCGUACACUGCUGGAGGAACUGUUCUUGUGCAACUUCAAGCUCAAGACUCGAGUCAAUACCGAGGCAUCCUUCUCCAGGCCAGGACGUCAUCUGGUGCUAUCGUUGGUUCCUGGUCUACCUCCGACCUAUCAUCGGAUUUUCAGACCAGGUCUUGUUCCAGUAACGGUGAUUCUAUUACACACACGAGUAAUAAUAACAAGGUUCUUCCUCAGAUAUUCACGUGGAUAGCACCACAGACUACAGCACUUGGAUCCAUCACAUUUCACGCAACGGUUGUUAUUGUGCAGACUCAAUAUUAUGUCGAUAUACAAUCAUCUUCAGUCUCUCUCUUGCAAGGCCCGUGUGCAAACAACCUAUGUCAAAAUGGUGGUACAUGUCAAGUGACUGCACCUUCCAGCUUCCGAUGUUUAUGCACGUCGGGCUUCUCGGGGCCUCUAUGCUCCGAAGGAGGUGUAUGUACUCCAAACCCUUGCCGGAAUAGUGGGAUUUGCCUCGUAACUGGUCAGCUCACAUACUCCUGUUCCUGUCAAGCAGGUUAUGUUGGAGCAAAUUGUGAAAUUUUAGCAGGGGCAUGCAUAACUAACCAAUGCUUUAACGGAGGCACUUGCUUGCCGAUUACCAGUACAUCAUUCGAAUGUGUUUGUAUCAAUGGAUAUGUCGGGCAACGGUGUCAAAUACCUGUUGCUGCUUGUUCUUCAAACCCGUGUCUUAAUGGAGCUACAUGCCUCGAAAAUUCAUCUGGCAAUGGCUUCUUCUGCCAAUGUCCUGAAGGCUACGAGGGUACGACGUGUGAAACUUCAACAGCUGGAGCAUGUUCUUCAAACCCGUGUAUCAAUGGAGGCACAUGUUUUGAGCAGGACCAAGGAAAUGCUUUCUUCUGCGCUUGCCCUCCUGAUUUUCAAGGUACUCGGUGCGAGACAGCAGUUUCAGUCUCCCCUUGUGCGUCUAACCCUUGUCAAAAUGGAGGUUCAUGUCUAAUCAGCGGCGACCAGACAAGUUUCUUCUGUCUCUGUUCCUCUGAUUUUAUUGGACAAAUCUGUCAGACAGCAGUUGCACAACCGAAUCCAUGUAUAUCUGACCCGUGUGUGAACACGGGCACCUGUUUGUCUUCUAUUGAUGGCCUGACUUACAGAUGCUUCUGCACCAUAGACUUUACUGGAUCCCAUUGUGAAAUCAGUGUCAUUGCUGCUCAUUGUAUUCCUAACGUAUGUCGUAAUGGUGCACCCUGCAUGCCUUGGCCUGUUAGUUUCACAUGCGCCUGCCCAUUUGGUUUUGGAGGCAUCACAUGUGAAAGUUUCGUUUCACCGCCCACUCCGUGCGACUCGAACCCAUGCGUGAAUGGUGCCACGUGCUUCCUGACUCCGGAUCAGACUAGCUUCCAGUGCAUGUGUCUCGCUGGUUUUAGUGGAAUCACCUGCCAGGAUAUCACAGACGAACAAUGUACACCUUCAACAUGUCAGAAUGGAGGGACGUGUUUCCAGUCAGGGAAUAGUAAUGGCAUCAUUUGUGUGUGUCCUCCUGGUCUUGAAGGGUCCAUCUGUGAAAUAACUUUACCUGUAAUGGCAUGUUCGUCUGACCCUUGCAUGAAUGGAGGUACUUGCUUCGAGUCUGGAUCGCAGGGAGGAAUAGCCUACAUUUGCUCCUGUCCCGUAAACUUUUCCGGUGUUAACUGCGAAUUGGUAAAAACCGCCUGCUCAUCUCAACCUUGUGCAAACGGGGGCUCUUGUUUUGAAUUUCAAGCCGGUGUACGCUACGCCUGUAUAUGUCUCCCUGGUUUCACGGGCUUUAAUUGUGAUGUACAAGAUCUCAAUCCUGUACCUGCUUGCUCUUCAAAUCCUUGUUCAAACGGAGCGACCUGUCUGGAUGCUGCAGAUGGGAGCUCAUUUACAUGUCUUUGCCCAAACGGUUCAUUAGGCGUUAACUGUGAAAUCCCUCCAGGACCUUCCCUUUCUUUUAGCUGCUCCUCAAAUCCUUGUCCUGAUGGUGCAACUUGCUUGGAAUCAGCGGGAGCUAACACCUACACCUGUCUUUGCCCGAAUGGUCAGGUUGGGAUGGACUGUCAUGUAACAGUCGUGGAAGGUUGUGACGCUCUCCCCUGUCUGAACGGAGGCUCCUGUUUCACCGCUGGAGCUGACCCAUCAAACUAUGUCUGUGAUUGCCCUGCUGGAUUCACAGGAACAAACUGCGAAUCAGUUGCCUUAGCAUGUUCAUCGGAGCCAUGUCAAAAUGGAGCGACUUGCAUGGAGGUUAAUCAAGGUUACGAAUGUCAGUGCGCCGCUGGAUAUGAUGGGGAUACAUGCGAGCUUACUACAGAAGAGCCAUCGUGUACGUCAAAUCCUUGUCAAAAUGGAGGAGCUUGCUUCCAGGCUGGAGCAGGAAAUACAUAUAUAUGUCAAUGUGUGUCAGGGUUUACUGGAUCUAACUGUGAAAUUACAGAGCCAUCGUGUACGUCAAAUCCUUGUCAAAAUGGAGGAGCUUGCUUCCAGGCUGGGGCAGGAAAUGCAUAUAUAUGUCAAUGUGUGUCAGGGUUUACUGGAUCUAACUGUGAAAUUACACAGCCAUCGUGUACAUCAAAUCCUUGUCAAAAUGAUGGUACAUGCUUCCAGGCUGGAGCAGGAAAUGCAUAUAUAUGUCAAUGUGUGUCAGGGUUUACUGGAUCUAACUGUGAAAUCAGAGAGCCAGCUUGUUCUUCGAGUCCUUGUUUGAAUGGUGGUACUUGUGUUGAUGGCACUGGGGAUGAGUAUACAUGUCAAUGCGCAACAGGGUAUACGGGAACAAACUGUGGAGCACAAGUACUGGCAUGUUCUUCAAGCCCAUGUAUGAAUGGAGCUUCAUGUUUCGAAGCUGGAGCUGGUAAUGGUUACAUCUGUCAGUGCCCAACUGGUUAUACUGGAACAAAUUGCGAAACAGAAGUACUCGCCUGUUCUUCAAAUCCGUGUAUAAAUGGAGCUUCAUGUUUCGAGGCUGGAGCUGGUAAUGGCUACAUUUGCCAAUGUCCUGCUGGUUAUACUGGAACAAACUGCGAAACAGAAGUUUUCUCCUGUUCUUCAAACCCAUGUCUGAACGGAGCUUCAUGUUUCGAGGCUGGAGCUGGUAAUGGUUACAUAUGUCAGUGCCCAGCUGGUUAUACUGGAACAAAUUGCGAAACAGAAGUACUCGCCUGUUCUUCAAGCCCAUGUCUGAACGGAGCUUCGUGUUUCGAGGCUGGAGCUGGUAAUGGCUACAUCUGUCAGUGCCCAACCAGUUAUACUGGAAUAAACUGCGAAACAGAAGUACUCGCCUGUUCUUCAAAUCCGUGUAUAAAUGGAGCUUCUUGUUUCGAGGCUGGAGCUGGUAAUGGCUACGUUUGCCAAUGUCCUGCUGGUUAUACUGGAACAAACUGCGAAACAGAAGUUUUCUCCUGUUCUUCAAGCCCAUGUCUGAACGGAGCUUCUUGUUUCGAGGCUGGAGCUGGUAAUGGUUACAUCUGUCAGUGCCCAUCUGGUUAUACUGGAACAAAUUGCGAAACAGAAGUACUCGCCUGUUCUUCAAGCCCAUGUCUGAACGGAGCUUCGUGUUUCGAGGCUGGAGCUGGUAAUGGCUACAUUUGUCAGUGCCCAGCUGGUUUUACUGGAACAAAUUGCGAAACAGAAGUGUUCGCCUGUUCGUCAAGCCCAUGUCUGAACGGAGCUUCUUGUUUCGAGGCUGGAGCUGGUAAUGGCUACAUUUGCCAAUGCCCUGCUGGUUAUACUGGAACAAACUGCGAAACAGAAGUACUGGCCUGUUCUUCAAGCCCAUGUAUGAAUGGAGCAUCAUGUUUCGAAGCUGGAGCUGGUAAUGGUUACAUAUGUCAGUGCCCAACUGGUUAUACUGGAACAAAUUGCGAAACAGAAGUACUGGCCUGUUCUUCAAGCCCAUGUAUGAAUGGAGCAUCAUGUUUCGAAGCUGGAGCUGGUAAUGGUUACAUAUGUCAGUGCCCAACUGGUUAUACUGGAACAAAUUGCGAAACAGAAGUACUCGCCUGUUCUUCAAAUCCAUGUAUAAAUGGAGCUUCAUGUUUCGAAGCUGGAGCUGGUAAUGGUUAUAUCUGUCAGUGCUCUGCUGGUUAUACUGGAACAAACUGCGAAACAGAAGUACUGGCCUGUUCUUCAAGCCCAUGUCUGAACGGAGCUUCAUGUUUCGAGGUUGGAGCUGGUAAUGGCUACAUUUGCCAAUGUCCAGAAGAAUUCACUGGAACAAACUGCGAGUCCGAAAUCCUUGCCUGUUCGUCAAGUCCAUGUCAAAAUGGGGCAACUUGUUUAGAAGCAGGAGCUGGGAAUGGUUACAUCUGCCAGUGCCCGGCAGGUUUCUCCGGAACAAACUGUGAAUCAGAAAUUCUUGCCUGUUCUUCAAAUCCAUGUAUAAAUGGAGCUUCAUGUUUCGAGGCUGGAGCUGGUAAUGGUUACAUUUGUCAGUGCCCAGCUGGUUAUACUGGAACAAACUGCGAAACAGAAGUACCCGCCUGUUCUUCAAAUCCAUGUAUAAAUGGAGCAUCAUGUUUCGAAGCUGGAGCUGGUAAUGGCUACAUCUGUCAGUGCCCAACGGGUUAUACUGGAACAAACUGCGAAACAGAAGUGUUUGCCUGUUCUUCAAGUCCAUGUCUUAAUGGAGCAACUUGUAUGGAAGCCGGGGCUGGCAAUGGUUACUUUUGUCAGUGCCCAGUCGGCUUUGGUGGAACAAACUGUGCUACAGAGUUACUGGCAUGUUCUUCAAAUCCCUGCAUGAAUGGAGCUUCAUGUUUCGAGGCUGGAGCUGGUAAUGGUUACAUCUGUGAGUGCCCAGCUGGUUAUACUGGAACAAAUUGCGAAACCGAAGUAUUAGCGUGUUCUUCAAGCCCCUGCUUGAAUGGAGCUUCAUGUUUCGAGGCUGGAGCUGGUAAUGGUUACAUCUGUCAGUGCCCAUCUGGUUAUACUGGAACAAAUUGCGAAACGGAUGUACUCGCCUGUUCUUCAAACCCAUGUCUGAACGGAGCUUCUUGUUUCGAGGCUGGAGCUGGUAAUGGUUACAUCUGUCAGUGCCCAGCUGGUUAUACUGGAACAAAUUGCGAAACAGAAGUACUCGCCUGUUCUUCGAACCCAUGUCUGAACGGAGCUUCAUGUUUCGAGGCUGGAGCUGGUAAUGGUUACAUCUGUCAGUGCCCAGCUGGUUAUACUGGUACAAAUUGUGAAGAAGAAAUCCUUGCCUGCUCUUCAAAUCCUUGUCUCAAUGAUGCAACAUGUAUUGAAGCUGGACCUGGAAAUGGUUACAUCUGCCAGUGCCCAUCAGGUUAUACUGGGACCAACUGUGAACUUGAAAUUCUUAGAUGUUCCUCAAACCCCUGUCUGAAUGGAGCAACUUGUAUGGAAUUUGGGGCCGGAAGUGGAUAUUUUUGUCAGUGCCCAUCAGGAUUUACUGGAACAAAUUGUGAAACACCAGCUCCUACUCCAUGCGAAUCCUACCCCUGCUUGAAUGGUGCAGUCUGUUUUGAAUCUGAAAGCGGUGAUAGUUACUUCUGUCUCUGUGCUAUGGGUUAUUAUGGAACCCAUUGUGAUAUGAGAGUACCCGCUUGUACGUCUCAGCCCUGUCUCAAUGGUGCUGCCUGUAUAAAUACUGAACUGGGAUAUAGAUGCAUUUGUGAAGAUGGUUUUCAAGGUGACAACUGUGAAGAACAAGUUCCAAGCUGUUCAUCAAGCCCUUGUUUAAAUGGAGCAACAUGCAUGGAAUCUAGCUCAGGAUCUGGGUAUACCUGCAUCUGUCCCGCGCCAUUUACCGGUCCCACCUGCGGAGCUGAAAUUCCAAGUUGUUCAUCAAACCCUUGUGUAAAUGGAGCAACUUGCAUGGAAUCUAGCUCAGGAUCAGGAUAUUUCUGUCUGUGCCCUGCAGCAUACACCGGGCCUGACUGCAGAGAUCCAGUUCCAAGCUGUUCAUCAGACCCCUGUCAAAAUGGAGCAACUUGUAUGGAAUCAAGCUCUGGAUCUGGAUAUUUCUGUCUCUGCCCUGCAGCAUUCACCGGACCUGACUGCGGAGAUCCAGUUCCAAGCUGUUCAUCCAACCCCUGUCUAAACGAAGCAACUUGCAUGGAGUCUAUCUCUGGGUCUGGGUAUUUUUGCCUGUGUCCGCCAGCUUAUACUGGCAGAGACUGUGGAACGAAAGUUCUUACCUGCCUGUCAAACCCAUGCAUGCACGGUGGGUCAUGUGCUGAAUUGGAUCAAGAUUUGGGAUACACCUGUGCGUGUCCUGAGGGUUUCAAUGGAACCAACUGUGAAAUCCAAGUUUUUUCCUGUACUUCUAAUCCAUGUGAGAAUGGUGGAGUUUGUUCUGAGCUACCAGUUGGUUUUGGAUACACAUGCGCAUGUCCUACAGGAUAUACAGGAACCAACUGCCAAACACAGCUCCUGUCCUGUACAUCUACUCCAUGCCUCAACGAGGGAACCUGCUUCGAAGUUGAAAGUGGCUUUGGAUAUUUUUGCCUGUGUCCCACUGGUUAUACAGGAUCCAACUGUGAAACGAGAGUGACUCCUUGCGACCCAAAUCCUUGUCAAAAUGGUGGAUAUUGUCUUGAGGCUGCUUCAGGGUUUGAUGUUUAUUGCAUCUGUCCUGAAGGUUACAAUGGUUCAUCUUGUGAAACAAAAGUUCCUGCUUGCGACUCUACGCCUUGUUUUAAUGGUGGACUGUGCUAUGAAUCUGAGUUUGGAUUUAAUUGCACAUGUCCGGAAGGAUUUAAUGGAACGCUCUGUGAAACAAGAGUUCUUGGUUGCAACUCUUCUUCAUGUUUGAAUGGUGGAUUGUGUUAUGAAUCUGAAUUUGGAUUCAAUUGCACAUGUCCCCAAGGAUUCAAUGGAACGUUUUGUGAAAUUCAAGUUUCUCCUUGUUACCCAAAUCCUUGUCAAAAUGGUGGAUAUUGUCUUGAGGCUGUUUCAGGGUUUGAUGUUUAUUGCAUCUGUCCUGAAGGUUACAAUGGUUCAUCUUGUGAAACAAAAGUUCCUGCUUGCGACUCUACGCCUUGUUUUAAUGGUGGACUGUGUUAUGAAUCUGAGUUUGGAUUUAAUUGCACAUGUCCCCAAGGAUUUAAUGGAACGCUCUGUGAAACAAGAGUUCUCGGUUGCAAUUCUUCAUGUUUGAAUGGUGGAUUGUGUUAUGAAUCCGAAUUUGGAUUCAAUUGCACAUGUCCCCAAGGAUUCAAUGGAACGUUCUGUGAAACUCAAGUUUCUCCCUGUGACUCAAAUCCUUGUCAAAAUGGUGGAUAUUGUCUUGAGGCUGCUUCAGGGUUUGAUGUAUAUUGCAUUUGUCCUGAAGGUUACAAUGGGUCAUCUUGUGAAACAAAAGUUCCUGCCUGCGACCCUUCGCCCUGUUUGAAUGGUGGACUGUGUUAUGAAUCUGAAUUUGGAUUUAAUUGCACAUGUCCCAAUGGAUUUAAUGGAACGUUUUGCGAAUUUCAAGUGAGUCUGUGUGAUCCAAAUCCAUGUCUAAAUGGUGGAGAAUGUUUCCAGCUUCAGGGAAGCAGCAAUACAUACCGUUGUCGGUGCCCUGAAAACUACACAGGACAACACUGUGAAAGCAUGACAUCAUGUUCAUCAUCACCAUGCCAGAAUGGAGGGGUUUGUUCUGAUUCUGUGAACGGUUCUCAGUACACAUGUUCUUGUGUAAAUGGAUUUACUGGAGAAAAUUGUGAAAGUAGAGUGAGUUUAUGUGAGCCCAACCCUUGCUUCAACGGUGGAGAAUGUUUCCAGCUUCAAGAAAGCGGCAAUACAUACUUCUGUCAGUGCCCUAAAAACUUCACAGGACAACACUGUGAAAACAUGACAGCAUGUUCAUCAUCACCGUGUCUAAAUGGAGGCAUAUGCUCUGAUUCAACAAAUGGUUCUCAAUACACAUGUUCUUGUGUAAAUGGAUUCACCGGAGAAAAUUGUGAAAGUAGAGUGAGUCUAUGUAGUCCAAGUCCUUGUCUUAAUGGUGGUGAAUGUUUUGAACUUCAAGGAAACAGCAACACCUACUUUUGCCGAUGCUCUGAAAACUUCACAGGACAACACUGUGAAAACAUGACAUCAUGUUCAUCAUCACCAUGCCAGAAUGGAGGGGUUUGUUCUGAUUCUGUGAACGGUUCUCAGUACACAUGUUCUUGUGUAAAUGGAUUUACUGGAGAAAAUUGUGAAAGUAGAGUGAGUUUAUGUGAGCCCAACCCUUGCCUCAACGGUGGAGAAUGUUUCCAGCUUCAAGAAAGCGGCAAUACAUACUUCUGUCAGUGCCCUAAAAACUUCACAGGACAACACUGUGAAAACAUGACAGCAUGUUCAUCAUCACCGUGUCUAAAUGGAGGCAUAUGCUCUGAUUCAACAAAUGGUACUCAAUACACAUGUUCUUGUGUAAAUGGAUUCACCGGAGAAAAUUGUGAAAGUAGAGUGAGUCUAUGUAGUCCAAGUCCUUGUCUUAAUGGUGGUGAAUGUUUUGAACUUCAAGGAAACAGCAACAUCUACUUUUGUCGAUGCCCUACAAACUUUACAGGACAACACUGUGAAAACAUGACAUCAUGUUCAUCAUCACCAUGCCAGAAUGGAGGGGUUUGUUCUGAUUCUGUGAACGGUUCUCAGUACACAUGUUCGUGUGUAAAUGGAUUUACUGGAGAAAAUUGCGAAAGUAGAGUGAGUUUAUGUGAGCCCAACCCUUGCCUCAACGGUGGAGAAUGUUUCCAGCUUCAAGAAAGCGGCAAUACAUACUUCUGUCAGUGCCCUAAAAACUUCACAGGACAACACUGUGAAAACAUGACAGAAUGUUCAUCAUCACCGUGUCUAAAUGGAGGCAUAUGCUCUGAUUCAACAAAUGGUACUCAAUACACAUGUUCUUGUGUAAAUGGAUUCACCGGAGAAAAUUGUGAAAGUAGAGUGAGUCAGUGUAGUCCAAGUCCUUGUCUUAAUGGUGGUGAAUGUUUUGAACUUCAAGGAAACAGCAACACCUACUUUUGCAGAUGCCCAACAAACUUUACAGGGCAACACUGUGAAAACAUUACAGCAUGUUCAUCAUCACCAUGUCUAAAUGGAGGGGCUUGCUCUGAAUCUGUGAACGGUUCUCAUUACGCAUGUUCUUGUGUAAAUGGAUUUACUGGAGAAAAUUGUGAAAGUAGAGUUCCUGUUUGUGACUCGUCACCUUGUUCUAACGGUGGGCUGUGUUAUGAAUCUGAGUUUGGAUUCAAUUGCACAUGUCCCCAAGGAUUUAACGGAACACUUUGUGAAGCAAAAGUUCCUGUAUGCAGUUCAUCUCCGUGUCUCAAUGGUGGACUGUGUUAUGAAUCCGAGUAUGGAUUUAAUUGCACAUGUCCCGAUGGAUUUAAUGGAACUUUUUGUGAAACUCAAGUGUCUCCCUGUGACUCAAAUCCUUGUCAAAAUGGUGGAUAUUGUCUGGAGGCUGCUUCAGGGUUUGAUGUUUAUUGCAUCUGUCCUGAAGGUUACAAUGGUUCAUCUUGUGAAACAAAAGUUCCUGCUUGCGAAUCUUCGCCUUGUUUUAAUGGUGGGCUGUGCUAUGAAUCUGAGUUUGGAUUUAAUUGCACAUGUCCGGAAGGAUUUAAUGGAACUUUCUGUGAAACAAGAGUUCUGGGUUGCAAUUCUUCUACAUGUUUGAAUGGUGGAUUGUGUUAUGAGUCUGAAUUUGGAUUCAAUUGCACAUGUCCCCAAGGAUUCAAUGGAACGUUUUGUGAAACUCAAGUUUCUCCCUGUAACUCAAAUCCUUGUCAAAAUGGUGGAUAUUGUCUUGAGGCUGUUUCAGGGUUUGAUGUUUAUUGCAUCUGUCCUGAAGGUUACAAUGGUUCAUCUUGUGAAACAAAAGUUCCUGCUUGCGAAUCUUCGCCUUGUUUUAAUGGUGGACUGUGCUAUGUAUCUGAGUUUGGAUUUAAUUGCACAUGUCCGGAAGGAUUUAAUGGAACUUUCUGUGAAACAAGAGUUUCUCCAUGUGACUCAAAUCCUUGUCAAAAUGGAGGAUAUUGUCUUGAGACUGUUUCAGGGUUUGAUGUAUAUUGCAUUUGUCCUGAAGGUUACAAUGGGUCAUCUUGUCAAACAAAAGUUUCUGCCUGUGACUCAUCGCCCUGUUUGAAUGGUGGAUUGUGUUCUGAAUCUGAGUUUGGAUUUAAUUGUACAUGUCCAGAAGGAUUUAAUGGAACAUUUUGUGAAACGCAAGUAUUUGCAUGUCGUUCAGAGCCUUGUCUUAAUGGCGGAAACUGCUCAGAAAUUCCAUAUGGAAUCGGCUACAAUUGUUCUUGUCUCGAUGGGUAUACAGGAGACAUAUGUCAACAUAAAGUGCUAGCUUGUUCAUCAUCUCCUUGUCUGAAUGGUGGAACUUGCUCUGAAUAUCUGGAAGACUUUGGCUACAAUUGUUCCUGUCCAGAUGGUUUUACAGGAGAUAUUUGUCAAGCAAGAGUGUUGGCGUGUUCAUCAAGUCCAUGUCAAAAUGAUGGAACUUGUUCAGAAUAUCUGGAGGGCUUUGGCUACAAUUGUUCCUGUUCCAAUGGUUUUACUGGAAAUAACUGUCAAACAAAAGUGUUGGCUUGUUCAUCUGCCCCUUGUCUAAAUGGUGGAACUUGCUCUGAAUAUCUGGAAGGGUUCGGCUACAAUUGUUCCUGUCCAGAUGGUUUUACAGGAGAUAACUGUCAAACGAGAGUGUUCGCUUGUUCAUCUGCUCCUUGUCUAAAUGGUGGAACUUGCUCUGAAUAUCUGGAAGAGUUCGGCUACAAUUGUUCCUGCCCAGAUGGUUUUACAGGAGAUAACUGUCAAACAAGAGUGUUGGCUUGUUUAUCAUCUCCUUGUCUGAACGGUGGAACUUGCUCUGAAUAUCUGGAAGACUUUGGCUACAAUUGUUCCUGUCCAGAUGGUUUUACUGGCGAUAACUGUCAAACCAGAGUGUUGGCUUGUUCAUCAUCUCCUUGUCUAAAUGGUGGAACGUGCUCUGAAUAUCUGGAAGACUUUGGCUACAAUUGUUCCUGUCCAGAUGGUUUUACUGGCGAUAACUGUCAAACCAGAGUGUUGGCUUGUUCAUCUGCUCCUUGUCUAAAUGGUGGAACUUGCUCUGAAUAUCUGGAAGACUUCGGCUACAAUUGUUCCUGUCCAGAUGGUUUUACAGGAGAUAAUUGUCAAACUAGAGUUUUGGCUUGUUCAUCUGCCCCUUGUCUAAACGGUGGGACUUGCUCUGAGUAUCUGGAAGAGUUUGGCUACAAUUGUUCCUGUCCAGAUGGUUUUACAGGAGAUAAUUGUCAAACAAGAGUUUUUGCAUGUUCGUCUGACCCUUGUGAAAAUGGUGGCAAUUGCUCAGAACGUCUUGAAGGCUUUGGAUUCAAUUGUUCCUGUUCUGAAGGUUUUGCUGGAACUGUCUGUGAAAACAGAGUGUUUGCAUGCUCGUCAUCUCCCUGCUUAAAUGGCGGAAGUUGUGCAGAUUUCUUUGAAAAAUUUGGAUACGUUUGCUCCUGUCCUGAGGAGUUUUAUGGAGAUAAUUGUCAACACAGAGUGAGUCCAUGUACUCCAAGUCCAUGUCUCAAUGAUGGAGAAUGUUUCCAGCUUCAAGGAAGCAGCGGCUCAUACUUCUGUCUAUGUCCUGAAAAUUAUGUAGGACGGCACUGUGAAAUCACGCCUGCAUGCUCAUCAUCACCCUGUUUAAAUGGAGGAUCUUGCUCAGAAUCCACGAACAGUUCUCAAUACACAUGCACCUGUGCACUCGGAUUUACAGGAGUAAAUUGUGAAAGUAGAGACUUUGCAUGCUUAUCAUCUCCCUGUAUGAAUGGGGGAGGUUGUGUAGAAUUCGAAGAUAGCUUCGGAUAUUCUUGUGUCUGUCCUUUUCCUUUCACCGGUGACAACUGUGAAAGUACAGUAUCUGCUUGUGCAUCCUUACCCUGUCUCAAUGGAGCAGCCUGUCAGGAAUUUACUUCCGGUGUCGGAUACAGCUGCAACUGCCUUCAAGGAUUUACAGGAACUCGCUGCGAGACGCGAGUGUUUGCCUGCAAUUCCAACCCUUGUGUGAAUGGGGCUUGUUCAAACCAAAAUGAUGGCAGCUAUUCAUGCAACUGCCCGUCUGGAUUUACAGGAACGAAUUGCGAAACAGUCGUCUUCCCUGAUGGCUGCGCUUCGUCUCCUUGUGCAAAUGGAGUCUGCUUUACUGCAGGAUCAGGAAACGGUUACCUCUGUAUAUGUAAUGCAGGAUUCACUGGAACCAACUGUGAAUUUGAGGUGUUCGAGCCCUGCUCCAGUUCACCAUGUUUCAAUGGUGCAACUUGUCUAACUCUCAGUGAUAGGUCAGGGUAUACCUGUGUUUGUGCACCCGGUUUCAUCGGAACAAACUGCCUAAAUGCAGUGAACCCAUGUCUACCUAACCCGUGUAACAAUGGUGGGUUCUGCUCAAGUACACUAUCGGGAAAUUAUGUAUGUACCUGUCCUGAUGGCUUCACAGGAACGAACUGCGAAAACAUUGUGAGUCCAUGUAGUCCAAGUCCAUGUUCUAAUGGCGGAGUGUGCUUCCAGCUUCAUGGAGGCAGUAGUGAUUACUACUGUCAAUGCCCACCCAACUAUGAGGGGCAAAACUGCGAAUACAUGUCUCCGUGCAAUCCAAACCCCUGCCAGAAUGGAGCAGCCUGCUCGGUGGUCUUAGGCCAGUCCACUGAUUACCAGUGUAAUUGUGUCCCAGGAUUCCUGGGAGAAAACUGCGAGUUUGUAGACCCAUGCUCAAAUAAUCCAUGCGUUCGUGGACAGUGUUUCGUCAGCUCAACGAACGUUGAUUUCUUCUGCAUAUGCCCAGUCGGAUAUGUGGGCAACACUUGCAAUGAGGUCGAAGAUCGUUGUGCAUCAAGCCCAUGUCUGAACGGGGCCACCUGUCUUACUAAUGGACUUACGGUAACUUGCCAGUGUACUCCCGACUUUUCCGGCGAAUUCUGCGGAACAUAUGAACCAUCGAGUCCAUGUGACUCAGACCCAUGCCAAAAUGGUGGAGGAUGCUAUGUUGAUGGACUUAACUCUCUUCAAUGUGUAUGUCCAGUAUACUACAGUGGUGACUUUUGUGAAUUCUUUACACCUCCCAAUGUAUGUGAUUCGAAUCCAUGUGGUGGGAAUGGAAUAUGCAGCAACUUCAUCAGCUAUUUCACUUGUCAAUGUAUCAACGGUUACACUGGAUUGACGUGUUCAGAGCCACCCAGUCCAUGCCUGUCAAAUCCUUGUAAAAAUGGAGGUUCUUGUAACACAUUUGGGACAUCAUAUUCGUGUGAUUGUAGCACGUCUCCAUUAGGUUACACUGGUGUUACAUGUGAAGUUGCACCCAACCCAUGUUUAUCUGGUCCAUGUCUUCGUGGUCAAUGCCUGAACCGUUUCACCAGCUAUGAAUGUGAUUGUUCACUUACUGGAGGCUAUUCAGGAGACAGAUGUGAAAUUGCCCCUGAUCCAUGUGACAGCGUGGUAUGCUUAAACGGAGGUCUGUGUAACAGAGGAACGUGUGACUGUUCCAAUACAGGCUAUGCUGGCACCUCUUGUGAAAUAUUGACCGAUCCGUGUGUUUCUGACCCUUGUCGCAACGGAGGGACUUGUAACAACUUUGGAUCAUUUUAUAGAUGUGAUUGCACUCCUGCAUUCGAUGGGGAUGUAUGUGAAAUAUAUGUGGAUCCUUGUGAAACUUUCAACCCAUGUUUAAAUGGGGCAACAUGUGCAGACCUAGGAACAGGGGAUUACUUCUGUAGCUGUCCAAUUGGUUUUGAGGGUGACCGCUGUGAAACAGUUAUCAACUACUGCGAGAGUGAUCCAUGUCAAAAUGGCGGCGCCUGCCAACUGAUGCAGAACCUGUACGGCUACAUGUGUGAAUGUCCUGUCGGCUAUGGAGGAAUCAACUGUGAAAUUCUUGUUGAUACCUGCCUUAGCAAUCCGUGUCUGAAUGGGGGUCAAUGUAUUGAGCAAUCCGGGUUUACGUAUUCAUGUGUUUGCACCAGCCAAUGGACAGGAAAUAAUUGCUCUGAACCUGUGGAUGCAUGUGAUAGUAGUCCUUGUGAGUAUGGCGGAGAAUGCACAAACUACUUCACAUACUUCGUCUGCACCUGCCCUCCGGGACGAUGGGGUCCCAGGUGUGAGAAUGAUUUUGAUGAAUGCACAAGUAAUCCUUGCCUUAACAAUGGAUUCUGUGAGAAUGGAAAUAAUACCUACUCCUGCACCUGCCAACGAGGCUUUGAAGGCGAUCAUUGUGAAAUCAACAUCAAUGAUUGUGAUCCAAAUCCAUGCCAGAACAAUGGCAUAUGUACAGAUGGGAUCGACCGUUUCACCUGUACUUGCGAUACUGGAUUCACUGGACCUACAUGUGCAGAGCUGCUUGAUACAUGUGCAAGCAACCCUUGUCUAAAUGGAGCAACCUGUAACAAUCUCUUCAACUCAUACCAGUGCGUAUGCCCAAGGGGGUGGAGUGGCACAAAUUGUGAAUCAGUUACGAGCUGCAAUGUUGACUACUACCUGGAAGGAUGUGCUGCUGUAGUGAUCACUAGUCCAAAUUAUCCUGGAAGCUAUGAUGACAACAAAACCUGCUCCUGGCUGGUCAUCUCCAACGAACGGAACCGCCUGCACAUCCAGAUCACAGACUUCAUGACUGAAGACUCUUACGACACCCUGGAGAUUGGAGGUGGCGCCCUCAUCGGGAACCCAGUUUCCCUCUUCUCAGGUGGAGUGCUGUCGGGAUCUGAAGAGCCUGUGAACUUCACCUCAGCUCAGACCACCAUCUGGAUGCGAUUUAUCACUGAUCCCGAUAAGAGUGAGAGAGGAUUCAGAGCUGUGGUUACUGAUCUUUGUGACAUUGACUUCCCGUGUGCAAGCAACCCUUGCCAGAAUAAUGGAGAAUGUGUGAAUACCAAUGACAAUCUCCAGUAUUUCUGCAGAUGUGCUCCAGCUUUCACAGGCGAUAAUUGUGAAAUUUCUGUGCCAACACCUUGUGAUAGCAACCCCUGCCUAAAUGGAGGCAGCUGCUUCUUCAAUCCAGCCACUGAUCGGUUUGUCUGUGAUUGCCCUGAGGGUUGGACAAGCACUAAUUGUGAAGAAGAAAUCAUGAUCAUGUGCCCUGAGGGUUAUUGCUUGAACGGAGGAACAUGUGCUAUUGAUGUCAAUGAGCAGCCACAGUGUAGCUGUCCAGAAGGAUAUGUCGGUGACAGAUGUAACAUAGAACAAUGUCCUCCUGACUACUGUGGUGUGAAUAGUAUCCAGUGCUUUGUUGCCAGUGCUGGUGUUUACUCAUGUCAGUGCACAGCAGGUUAUACUGGAUCACAGUGUGAAACAAAUAUUGAUGAAUGUGGAAGCGACCCAUGUCAGAACAAUGGUGUAUGCAUAGAUGGUAUGAAUGGCUAUGAAUGCCAGUGUAAUGACAUGUUCAGAGGUAGCAAUUGUGAAAUACCUUCAAAUGCUUGCAUUGGAAACGAGCCAUGUGAGAAUGGAGCUGCCUGUAUGGCUGAUACUAGCGGUGUCAAUGUGUGUGUUUGCACUCCAGGCUUUGAGGGAACCCUCUGUGAAACUCCCAUCAACGAAUGUUCAAGCAACCCAUGUAGGAACAACGGAGUGUGUAUAGAUAGUCUCAACCGAUAUGUCUGUGUGUGCAAAACUGGUUUUACAGGAGACGACUGCUCAGAAACUUCUGAUGGUAAUAACAACAACCUUCCCCAAGCUGAUGCGAACAAUCUCCUUAUUGAACCCUGGUGGAUAGCUUUAAUUUGCUUGAUUGGCCUCCUCUUUGUCAUCUUCAUUAUUGUAUGCCUCUGCACUAUGAAACGACAGGACGAUCUAGACAAGAAGAAACUAAUGGCACUCAGUGCAUAGAAGAUGGAAUGUUACCAGACCAGGCUUAUGCGCUACACCAGUUGAUAAAAUGCAUGAAACAUUAAACGUCAUGAGCUUUGACCUUUCCUGGACUUUACAAGAACAGCUUUUAAUUGAAUUAUCGUGAUCAGUGGAAUGGGACUAGGUCUUUGCAAUUCCUCCUGCAAAAUAAUGUUGAACUUGUUUUUAUUAAAUAGAGCAGAUGAGAAAUUAUGAAAGUCAUUUUAAAGACACUAUAAUGCUACAAGAAAAUAUUAUUGCAUUAUAUGUUAAAUGCUCCACCUUUUUCUAAAUUCGAAAAUGCAUAAACAUACAUGGAAAUAAAUUUGAACCACAGUUCAUUGUGUGCUUUUGAAGUGAUUUAUCAUAAAUUCUGUAAAUGGAAUAAUUAUAUUUAAUUACAUGCAGCAUGUCCUUCAAAAAUGUCUUUCCACUAAACAAUUUCAAAAUCAAAUAUUCUCAAUUGAGUGCUCAGAACUAAAAAGCCCAUACAAUUUUCGUAGUUUCUAUUUUACUUUAAUUGGUUUUGCUUCAGUAGUUUUAAUUAAACAGUCUUUAAUGUAAGUGCUUCAAUGCUUUUUAGCCGGGCUUACUAAUAGUUGCGCUCUGUAUCUUCAGGCAUAAAGCACUAUAUAAAUCCAGCUAUCAUUAUCAUUGUUAUAAAAUUAAAGGUCAGCAUGUCCCUCCUUGGAACAUAUCCAAGAUUUGACUGAAGAAAUUUCUCAGACCUGAUAAGGCGAAUUAGGCCAUCACCAUGAUUUUAAAAAUGAUAAGAAAUUCCCACUGUAAAGUUAAUUGAUGAAGGUAUACAUCACCCAAUACAUGAUAAAUGUUGAUUUUUGACAGUGAUAUUAUAGGGAUACAAUAAAAAGAAAUACAACAAAAGAUGUUCAUUGAAGGACUAUAUAACCAUGAGUAGAGCACAUAGAGCAAAAAUUAUCAGUGGAACUUAAAUUUGAUUUGUUUUCAUUUUAAAAGUUAAUAAACCUGAUCUUAUAAAAUAAUAAAACAAGAAUGCAGUAUGAAAUUGAAGCAGAGGAUAAAGUAAGCCUAUUUGAUAGUCUAUAUUUGCAGUAUAGUGCGACUGGAAAUGGGCCAUAAAGCAAUGAUGUUAUGAAGGCAUUUUAAUUCAAAACUAAUGACCGAUACCUAUACUAUAUUUAUAGAAAGUACAAAAUUGAUUGGGCUUUUUAAAUCUCUAAACUCAAGUGAGCAUAAAGCUUGAAUUUUGUAAUUAUUCAGAAGUUGAUGAUAAAGCCAUUUUAUUCGCCCGACACACUGUAUUUGCCCCAGCUAUCGAGCAUUAAUGAUAAAUGAUUUAUUUUAUAGAAAGUGUCCACUAUGUCAGAUGUUGAUUUAAAAAGAUUGUUAACAUAAGUAUGUUUUUUUGUACUGAUUACGAUGAAAAUCUGGUAAUUUUCAGAUGCAAGUUUGAACGUCAGUGCCGGACAUUGAUUACAAAAACUCAAUGGUGAUUGUAUUCUUAUAGAAAAAGGUGGUUUUGUGUAGAUGUAUUGAAUAUUUUUUCUUGUGAUUUGGCUAGAGUGUGUUGAAUCUAUCUAUCUAUGGCAUAUAGUCAAACGGAAAAUGUUGAUAUGAGGGAAUAUAUUCCUAACAGUAUGUAUUCAUCAAAGUUAAUAGGUUUUAUCAAAAGUAAGUAUUCGAGAAAAGAUAUAUAUCUAAAAUGGAUUGGGUAAUAUCAGACUAAAUUGAAAGAGGUAGUUUUCCUUACAACUUACAAUUUUCAAUUAUGUUAAUUGUUGAUAUGCAAACGCUUCACCAAAUUUGAUAAAGAUUAUUUGUUUAUCUUGCAUUGCUGUUGGUUCUUUGUUGUGUUUUUGGGGUAUUUUUUUUAACUGUCUGAUAAUGAUAUUACCAUUGCUGUAUUUAAAUAAUGCAUGCUUAAUCAGUAUUCCAAAUUAUGGCAGUGUCUUUCGAAAUCAAAAUAGCUUUCAAAGAAAAGCAAUAAUUAUCCUCUUUCUCGUUUUUCAUCUCAUAUUAGGGGCAUACUUGAUUAAAAACGCAAUUUGUUUUCCAAUCAACCGGGCUCAAGUGCCUUGUAAUUUGUUCAUUUUAAAGUUAUUGAUUGUAAUUCAUCAAUAAAUCUAUUCUUUCAUGUUCAAUGAUGAUAUAUUUUUUUCCAAAUUUAUUAUUUUCUUUAUUGAUUACUAUUAUUUGUGUUUGUAUUUUUAAAGUGAAAUUAAUUUACAUUUAAUGCGAAUUACUUGAAAAUAAAUUUCAUCAUUGCCCAAUAGUCUUUCAUAUGGGAAUUAGAGGUUGCGCAGUCGACUUGAUUAAACAUUAUCUUGAUUUUUGAACAUUACACUUAGAUUAGAUCUUUAAUUAAAUUCUACUUCAAAACAUUCUGAUAAUUUGCACUUAUUCUCUAUAUUCUGAUCUUAGUGUGCAUUGAUGUAUGUGAAAUAUGCAUUUUCCUUUUCGCGUUUAGUAGUUUUACUUUUUUAUUUCGUCUGGGAAAUUUGUGUGUCAUGAAAUUCUCAUUCUUUUUUGCAUUAAUACGACAAUUAUUUAUACAUAUGUUGAUCUUGUAGAUCUGUAAUUUCACUUUCUCAGCGUCAUAAACUUUUACAUAAUGGAAAUAAUUUUCGCUUUUACUGAAAUUUGAGGCUAUGUAGUUAAAUUUCCUUUUCAUUUUCCCCUUAGAUUUUGAAAUUUCUUUCUCUAUUGUAGAACUUGAUCAUUUUAAGUCAUUCAUCACUUUACAAUAUAUUUCAACGAAGUUAUGAAAUGUAAUGAUUUUUAUAUGAAAAUAAACUUAUGAAUAU